GACUGUCGAGUUGUUGACACACGUGCUAUCUACUAUGUACGCAUACAUUGAUACACACCACAUCUACAAUACAUGUGGCUACAUACCACCAUGUGGCAUAACCUCAAUUGUUUAGAAUUUCUAUCAAAUUUAUUAUUAUAAUGUAAGAUAUUAAUUCAAUUAUCAAAAAGCUGUACAAUUACUUCUAGAAGCUAUCUGUAUACACCAGUUUUUUUACAUGAACAUUACACUGAAUGGUAUUGAAAUAAGAGUAGAAAAAGGUUUACCAAAAUGGCUCAAAUUAAAUAUCGAGCAUCACGGUUAACUCCAAAACAUUUGGAUCCAAACUGCUUAAUGUUUUCUAUGUUCACUGCAAAUGACAUACGAAAUUUAAGUGUUACUAAAAUAAGGACACCUUUAUCAUUCAAUAUAUUGGGACAUCCAUUGAAAGGUGGACUAUAUGAUCCAUCAUUAGGUCCACUUAUAGAAAGUUCUGAUCCAUGUGCAACGUGUGGAUGUAAUGUAAUAAAAUGUCCAGGUCAUUUUGGUCACAUAGAAUUGCCAGUACCUGUUGUGAAUCCUUUAUUCCAUAAAGGAUUAUGUAUGCUGAUCAAGCUAUCCUGUUUAAAAUGCUUUGUUCUACAGAUUCCACCAUAUGUAAAGUUACUAUUGCAAGCAAAAAUGAAGUUACUUCAAGAAGGAUACAUCAGUGAAUUGGAAGGGUUGGAGCAGGAAGUAAUGUUUCUUGUUGCAGAUUCUAACAACCCUUAUGACAUUGAUGUGGUACUAAUACAAGAUAUUAUUGAUACAUACAUAGAGAGACUUGUUAAUCGAUCCAGAUUUAGUCAGUCCAUUGUGCAGCACGAUAAAAUGCAAUUUAACACAAAGAAUAUCAAUACACAAUGGCAUGUAUAUGUUGAAAAUAUACUGAAGCAAUAUUUGACACCAAAAACGUGCAAAUAUUGUAAAGAAAUUAUACCAAAAGUUACAAAUUUGAAGAAUAAAAUUAUGACUGUUAAAAUGAUAGAUGAUACUACUGCACAGUCAAAUGAAACAAUUCAUAAACUGAAUACGGUAAUGAUAAUGCCAAAUCAAUCUAAAGAAUAUCUUAGAAGUCUCUGGCAAAAUGAAAAAGAUUUUCUUAAAGUAAUUAUUCCCUGUUUUGGAAUGGUAGACAUCGAAUAUCCAACCGAUAUAUUUUUCUUUGAAAUAGUACCAGUUUUACCACCUAUUGUUCGACCAGUCAAUUUUGUUGAUGGUCAAAUGGUAGAACAUCCGCAAACUCAAGUCUACAAAAGUAUUAUCCAAGACUGCUUGGUUCUUAGAAAUAUUAUUCAAACAAUUCAAGAUGGAGAUACAAAUCAGUUGCCAGAAGAGGGCAGGCUUGUUUUCGAACAAAUAAAAGGUGACACAGCAAUAGAAAAAUUGCACAAUGGUUGGCAAAGUUUGCAAAUAAAUGUGGAUCAUUUAAUGGAUCGCGAUAUGAACAGAACAGUGGAUUCUGCUAACUGUCAAGGACUCAAACAAAUUAUAGAAAAGAAGGAAGGAGUUAUUAGAAUGCACAUGAUGGGUAAACGAGUCAACUAUGCUGCUCGUUCAGUUGUUACACCCGACCCUAACUUAAAUAUAGAUGAAAUCGGAAUUCCCGAAAUUUUUGCAAUGAAAUUAACGUAUCCAACUCCUGUUACACCUUGGAAUGUUGUAUAUCUACGGCAAUUAGUUUUAAAUGGACCUGAAGUUUAUCCAGGAGCAGUAAUGAUUGAAAAUGAAGAUGGAAGUAUACAACGAAUCUCUUCUACCAAUGCUACUCAGAGAGAAGCAACUGCAAAACGAUUGUUAACGACUAGUGACAAAGCGAACAAGUUCUUCAGGGGUAUUAAAAUUAUACAUAGGCAUUUACAGAAUGGAGAUAUUUUAUUGCUCAAUCGUCAACCAACUUUGCACAAACCUAGUAUAAUGGCUCAUAAAGCGCGCAUUCUAAAAGGAGAGAAAACGUUGCGUCUUCAUUACGCUAAUUGUAAGGCAUAUAAUGCCGACUUUGAUGGUGACGAAAUGAAUGCACAUUUUCCUCAAAAUGAACUUGCUAGAAGCGAAGGGUACAACAUAGCAAGUGUGCCUAAUCAAUAUCUUGUACCAAAGGAUGGUACUCCAUUAAGUGGUCUUAUUCAAGAUCACAUGGUUUCUGGUGUACGCUUAACAGUAAGAGGAACAUUCUUCACUAAGCAAGAUUACAUGCAAUUAGUUUAUGCUGCCUUAUCAACAAUUCAAGAAAACAUCCUUCUUCUUCCGCCUAGUAUUAUAAAACCUGUACCGUUGUGGUCUGGAAAACAAAUUGUAUCCACUGUUAUUAUCAAUAUCAUUCCAUCGAAUCAAGCACGGAUUAACCUAGUAUCAAAUGCCAAAAUUAAUGCAAAAGAGUGGCAAACUACAAAACCCCGAUCUUGGAAAUGUGGUGUUGAAUUUUCUGAUCCAAAAACGAUGUCAGAAGCGGAAGUAAUUAUACGAAAUGGAGAAUUAUUAUGCGGUAUACUGGAUAAAACACAUUAUGGUGCUACUUCAUUUGGUCUCAUACAUUGCGUGUACGAGCUGUAUGGUGGAAUAUGCUCUACAAACUUGUUGAGUGCCUUUGGUAAAUUGUUCCAGGCUGCUUUACAAAGAAACGGAUUCACACUUGGCAUCGAAGAUAUUUUACUGGUAAUGAAAGCAGACACAAAGCGUAAAGAAAUCAUUUCCAGGUGUAGACAGAUCGGAGAAGAUAUUCAAAGAUCUGUGCUAGAAGUACCAGAGGAUACUCCAAUGGAUAUGGUUACAGCAAAAAUGGAGGAGUCUUAUUGGAGUAAUCCAAAAUUUCGCACGCAGGUUGACAGAAAAUACAAAACUGCAUUAGACAUUUGUACUAAUGAUAUAAAUAAAACAUGUUUACCAGCUGGUCUUUUGAAGAAGUUUCCAGAUAAUAAUUUACAAUUAAUGGUGCAAUCUGGUGCUAAAGGUUCAACCGUAAAUACUAUGCAGAUAUCGUGUUUGUUGGGGCAAAUUGAAUUGGAAGGAAAAAGACCACCUUUAAUGAUAAGUGGAAAAAGUCUUCCAAGUUUUCCUGCUUACGAUCCAACACCAAGAGCAGGAGGUUUCAUUGAUGGUCGUUUUAUGACAGGCAUACAACCGCAAGAAUUUUUCUUUCACUGUAUGGCAGGUCGCGAAGGUCUCAUUGAUACAGCCGUGAAAACUAGUAGAUCAGGAUAUCUGCAACGAUGUCUUAUUAAACAUCUUGAAGGAUUGGUUAUUAACUAUGAUUCAACAGUACGCGAUUCAGAUGGCAGUUUAGUACAAAUUUAUUAUGGAGAGGAUGGACUUGAUAUAUUAGGCUCAAGAUUUUUAAGAAAAGAGCUAAUUGACUUUUUAGUUGAUAAUAGAAAUGCUAUUGUUAACGAGGAAGUGGUUAAAAGUUUGAAAGAAGAUUCUGAUAUUAGCAAAAUUUUAAAAUUGGUAAAGAAAAUUAAAAAAUGGGAAAGUAAACAUGGAAAAGCAUUGCAAAAGAGAAGAAUUAGUGCUUUUGCAAAAUUUUCAAAACAAGAUAUGAAAAUUAAGACAUCAAAGUAUGAGCAACUCGAUGAAAACAGCGGAAGAAGUAAAGCUACACUUUCACUGAUGAGAAAAUGGGUAAGAGCCUCGUAUGAGGAAAAAAAUGCUUUUUAUGCGCAAUGUAACAGAUGUCCUGAUCCUGUAACGUCACUCUAUAGACAAGACAUAGACUUUGGUGUGCUUCCUGAACAAAUAGAAAAUUUAAUAGACGAAUACAUUACUAAUAAAUCUGUAAAUACCCAUAUAAGAAAAAGUGAUUUAAGAGAUCUCAUGUCAAUGAAAGUAAUGAAGAUUGUUUGUCCACCUGGUGAACCAGUAGGUUUAUUAGCAGCACAGUCAAUUGGAGAACCAUCAACUCAGAUGACAUUAAACACAUUCCACUUUGCUGGUCGUGGUGAAAUGAACGUCACUUUGGGUAUACCAAGAUUACGUGAAAUACUUAUGAUGGCAUCUAAAAAUAUUAAAACACCUAGCAUGGAAAUACCUUUUAAAAAGAAUUUGAAAAAUGUAACAAAGCAAGCUAAUAAACUACGAGUAAACUUGAACAAGUGUAUUUUGUCAAAUGUAUUAAAUGAUAUUACAAUAAGUAGGAAACUGGAACACUGGCCAAAUAGAAGAUUGCUAUACACUAUGACCAUAAAUUAUUUUCCAUACAAGUCCUACAAAGGAGAAUUUUGCAUGCAACCAUAUGAGAUACUGAAAAAGACAGAAGAAAUAUUUUUUAAGGAACUGUUUAAAGAAAUUAAGAAAGUUGCCAAAGUAACGGGGGCUUUGUUACAUAUUGAAGAGGAAAAGAAGUCUACGCGCGAUGAUACUUUGUUAGAUGAAGGUGAACCAGAUGAAAGAACAGAGUCUUCGAUGACAUCACGAAGACGUUUAGGGGAAAUGCAUGAAUCUUCGGAUGAGGAUGAAGCAGCGGAAGACGCAGACGCGACCUUGUCUCGAUCAAUUUCUCGACAUAGAGAAAAUCAAGAAUAUGAAGACCCGGAAGAAGAUGAAAUGGAUGAUAUAAACGAAAGGGAAGAUGAUACUACUGUUGAAAAUGACAAUGAGAAAUCGAGACCUGUACAAGAACAGCAAAAUAUAGAUGACGAUGAAGACAUCGAGAAUGAAAAGUCAGGAUGUGCUGCAAGUGAAAUGUACAAUACACAAAGAAGGAAAGAUGUUGUAAACAUGUAUCAUCAUGUAGAACAAUAUGACUAUGAUGAAGAUGAAUAUUCAUGGUGUAAAUUAACAUUUUGGCUACCUCUCCAAAUGGUGAAAUUGGACUUACCAACAAUCAUUAGAAAUGUUGCAAACAGAGUCGUUUUUUGGGAAGUACCAUGUAUAAAACGUGCUUUUACAUUUCAGAAUAACAAUGGUGAUACUGUUCUCAAAACGGAUGGUAUAAAUAUAAUCGAAAUGUUUAAAUAUGACAUUGCAUUAGAUUUAAAUAGAUUAUAUUCUAAUGACAUUUAUGGUAUUUCUCAAACUUACGGUAUUGAAGCAGCUAAUAGAGUUAUUAUUAAAGAAGUGAAAGAUGUAUUCAAAGUGUAUGGUAUCACAGUUGAUCCACGUCAUUUGUCACUAAUUGCAGACUACAUGACAUUUGAUGGUAGAUUUCAACCUCUUAGCCGAAAAGGAAUGGAAGAUUCUGCAUCUCCUUUGCAACAAAUUAGCUUUGAAAGUUCUCUCAAUUUCUUAAAAUAUGCCACAUUACAAGGAAAACAAGAUUAUUUGGUGUCUCCUUCUAGUCGUUUAAUGUUAGGCCAACCUUGUAAUUCUGGAACUGGGGCCUGUUCACUGUUAUUAAAGUUACAAAAACAACCAGAUAUUACUUUGCCGACAUAAUUCGAAGAAAAACUACUAUUUUUACUUUAUUACACUACUUCUUAUAAAACAUAGACGUAAAGAAGGCGUAAGAAAAAUAAUUUUACUGUAUAUAAACUUUUAUAAACUGAAUGAAUAUUUUAUUUUACAAAAAGAUACAUAUAUCUUAGAUGUGAUGUAAUAAAUCCAAAAUCAUA